AUGGAUGGUUGGAAAUCAACGUUCAAAAGAUUACAUCGUUCGUUAUCGUCAAAUAAUGCGAGAAAGGAAGCACCGACAGUAAGGGUUAAUAAUCAUCAGCAACCAAGACAACGAGGUGUACAACAGGAGCUUUUUGAGGAGGACUCUCCGUUACCGCCUAUUAGGUUGAAUGGGUAUAUUGUAACGACUAAAGACCGGCUAUUAACGCUUGAGAUAUGCGAGGAGAUCAGAACAUUGAUACCAAGACGAAUUCAGUUAUAUACGGACUGGCAUUUAUUAUACAGCCUUGAGCAACACGGCGCUUCUCUCCAUUCCCUCUAUGAACAUGUGAAGCCGCAGGAGCAAACAAGCAGUAGGGUUGGCUAUUUAUUGGUGAUUAAAGAUAAAAAAGGGGGUAUAUUUGGGGCGUAUGCUAAUGAACCAUUUCGUCCCACGGAGAGCAGGAGAUAUUAUGGGAACGGGGAAUGUGUCUUGUGGAAAGUUCAUAAGGUUCCGGACCUAAUGAUUGGAGGGGCAGGGGGGGGAGAAGGUGGUCCAGAGGAACACAAUGGACAAGACGGUCAGCAACAGGAACGCAAACUGCAAUUCAGAGGGUAUACAUACACGGGGAUUAAUGAAUUUUGCAUAUAUUGCACUGGAGCGUUUCUAUCCAUGGGUGCUGGAAAUGGGCAGUAUGGGCUCUGGUGCGAUGAAGGACUGGUAAAUGGAGUAAGUGGACGGUGUCUAACAUUUGGAAACGAUGUGUUAAGCCGCGAGGGCCAUAAAUUCCAUAUAAUUGGGCUUGAAGUGUGGAGAAUAGGUUGA